GUCAAGAUGUUUCCAACGCUCUUCGAUAAUCAAAUUUUUUUGUAUUUAAAAAAACUCAGAAUCUAUUCUGUGUUUUCCGCCGCCCUGGUAGUUCUAAAUUUGAUUGAAGUGAGUUCUCAAGGUACAGGGAUGAGUAAAUGUUUGAAUUGCUUUGGUAGAAGCUCACCUUUGCCACCGUUGCCACCUUUGCCUGCACCAGGCAGCCCAUUCCGGCAGAAAAUCGUUACAGCUCGAUCAUUUGUACCAUUGGAACUGAAAGAAGGUGAUGUAAUCGUUCGUCUUACCACUUAUUAUGCAAAAUAUUUUGAAGAUCCUGAGAGGUAUAUAUUACUAAAUGAACACAACGGCAUCCCAAAAACUGGCGAACAUGGUAAAUAUAUUGAAGUAGAUGAGAACUCUAUUAAAACGGGUGAUUACGUGUUUCGCAAUGAUAUAAAGAUUGGAAUAUUUGAGAGGCACAAUAAGCAUAAAGGAUUUCGCAUGCUACCGGAAGCUGAACGCGAACAUGAAGUCGACUACCUUUUUAGAAUGCGUACCUCUAACCUUCUAAACAACUAGACUGACUCUGGCCCAGAUUUGGUGCAAUACUUCUGUCCUGAGAGUUUCAGCCAGUUAACAAAUAAUAAAAUAAUGAUGA